AUGUCUUCUGGGCUUUCCCGUCGCCGUGUUGGCAACUCUAAUUUAAAUGGAUCAGUUGAAACAUCACAAUUUUCUAAUUAUCAAGAAAAGAAUCUAAAUAGUGCAUCUCAAGGAUUAGAAUAUCAUAAUUUUGAUAAAGUAGAUCAUAAGGUUGUAUGUGAUCCCUUGGAUAUUAUGGAAGAUCAAGAAAGAAGUAAACAGCCGUGUCUUACGUUGAUGGAGGAGGUAUUGCUAUUAGGUUUAAAAGAUAAGCAGGGUUACUUGCCUUUCUGGAAUGAUAGUAUUUCGUAUAUUCUUCGGGGAUGUAUUAUUCUGGAGUUAGCAUUUAGAGGACGUAUUCAAAUGUGCCGUGACUCACUCAGAAGACGUUAUCCUUUAUCAGAAUGCUUGAUAGAAGUGGUGAAUGAUAAAGUAACGGGAGAGGUUUUGUUAGAUGAGACUCUUAAAAUGAUGAAAACAAGUGAAAAGAUGACAAUUAGUUCUUGGGUGAAUCUUAUGAGUGGUGAAACGUGGAAUUUUAUGAAGAUUGGAUAUCAAUUAAAACAAGUUCGUGAGCGUUUAGCGAAAGGCUUAGUUGAUAAAGGGAUUCUUCGUACUGAGAAACGGAAUUUUUUAUUAUUUGAUAUGACAACACAUCCUAUAUCGAAUAAUAUGGUUAAAGAUGAUAUCCGUAAUCGUUUAAUAGUUAUGCUUACGGCUCCUACAAUCGUUUUACCUAAUAGUGUGUUUUUCCCCGAAACGAUCCCAAUGAAACAUCUUCGUGUUAUUUCUUUAGUUUGUGCUGCUUAUGCUGCAAAUGUUUUAGAAAAUGUUUUUUCAUUUUCUGACUAUGAGAUUCGAGAACGUGCUUUUAAUCGUGUUGAUGAAUUUUUUAGGGAUUUCUCUCAAUGGCCUUUUACAAUUAAAUACAGUAGUAAUAUUGGCUGUAUGAACUCCAGUUUAGCAAAUGUUGUAGCAGAAGAAAUAUGUGGAGGGAAAGAUAAAGAAUUACAACUCGAGGUAGUUGCUGCUGUUCUUCAAAUAUUCACUCGUUUCGAUUGUAUAUUGUAA